CCGAAACCGCCGCAACUCCAGAACCAACAGCUCUACCAACAGAUGCGCCACAAGAAGCACUUCCCGUCCUCUUCGCAGCCGCUCGCGCCGUUCAACAAGUCGGCGGCAAUGAACGUGAAACUGCCGAUUGGAACGCAUUUGUAUCGCGUGGCCACCGGACCCAACGGCCACUCCAUGAUCGUCAAAGACAAGUCCAUCAAACCCAAGGUCGCGCCCAAUGCGCGCAAAUCCAUUCACAACGGCGUCUCCAAGACGGCGAACGGCGUUCCCUCCGUUGGCCUUCCCUUCUAUAAACCGGCGCCCAUCGCUCCCAUCGGACCCAUGAAACACACGCCGCAAGAGUUGGAGCGACAGUUGCGCCGAUUUCUGCGACCGUCGGAAAAGGCGCGCAAACGGCGCGGAUAUCGCGAGUGGAUGGAGCGGAAGCGCGCCGCCGUUUCGGCCCUUCUCUCGCCCUACGAGUGCCUCAAUCGCGUCCUCUCCUACCUUACAGUUCAA